AUGACUUCUCGCAAAAACACAAAAUUUUCCGCCAAAGUUCAGUUUUAUCUGAAACACAGAGAAUCUCGCAUACUUAAGCUGUGCAACGAUACCAUCGGCCCGGUGCCGAAUGAUUCUCUGAGCAAAGCGAUUUUCAGACUGCUGUCGAAGCCGGUGGACAAUAAAAGCAUUAUACAACUUUUUGUCGACAAGGGCCAAAAAUCUUCUCCAGCAACCGCCACGAUUAGCAGCAGCAGUAACACUGUGAAAACCGCUUUCCCAGAGUAUCAAAAGGACGUCGAGCGCUUCCAUGGGCGCAUCAUCUGCAGCGACAACACAUGCAUCAUCGAUCCGGUGACCUCUCCUAAGAGCGACAACAAUUCGAAUCCUCGCACACACUCCUUCCGAAUUGUCUCGUUCAGUAAGGAGCACGAGUCGAACCGGAUCGGUGGCGCCGAGGUGGCGACCGCAUUUCCAACCGACGAUGACGCGGACGCGAUACAUGGAGGCAGCAGACGCAGCGAUCAGCAGGCGCAGAAUCUCAUCACGCGAUCACCACCGUCACCAGUAGCAUCGACGGGACCGCCUGGCGGUGGGGCUAGCGUCGCCCACUCGGUGGCUAGCGAUGGCGCGACCAGCCCCAAUAGUGCCCACAAGGCGAUCCUCAUGUGUUUCAGCUGUAAACUGAGUUUUGGCACGUGCCGGUCCUUCAUCGCGCACGCCAAAAUCGAGCAUAGUCUCACGUUGAACGACUACGAGCGUAUGCUGCUGGAGAAGAACUACAGCAGUGCCAUCAUACAGACUAACACCGAGAAGCAAUUCUUUUUUCUGGUUCCUUUCGAAGAGAAAUCUUCUGCCAACAGUAACAAUAGGAAGCACGCCGAGAACGAUCAGAGGUAUAAGACCAAUACUAAUAAUAACGGUAGUAGUAACAACAACAACAGCAGUAGUAACAGCAGCAGUACUAGUAGUAGCAGCAGCAGCAGCAGCAGUAGCAACAGCAGUAGCAGUGGUGGCUGCGGCAGCGGCAACGGUAAAAACAGUAGCAACAAUGGCAACCUCGGUAGCAACAUCGAUAGCAACCUGGGUAGCACCAAUAUCGUUACCAGCAGCAGCAGCAACGUGGGCGGAAGCAUCCUAACCAGCAGCGGUAACAUUAACGGCAAUCACUAUACCAGUAGCAACACUGGCGCGGGGAAUGGCACUGGCAAUCCGAACAACGGCAUCCUUGGGCUAAUGUCGCAGCAGCACCAACAGCAAGCACAGCAUCAUCAGCAACAGCAGCAGCAACAACAGCAGCACCAACAACAGCAGCUUCAUCAACAGCAACACCAUCUACAACAGUCGAUCCAUCCUUCCGAGCCAUUCGGCCAGACGUUUGAUGCUGCCGGUAACUUUCCCAAGCUAGUCGCCAGCAACUCGCUGCUGUACGAGAUGGACAAUAAGCUGCAGCAAAGUUGGAAGCUGGCGGCGGAGAAAUACAACAACGUGAUGAACGAAAGUGCCGCCGUGGCCGCAGCCGCAGCGGCUGCUGCAGCGGCAGCGGCAGCCGCCGCUAGUGACGCGGGUGGUGUGGACAAAAAGGGGGCACCUGGUGGCGGUGCUGGCGCGAGCGGUAAACUUCUGUCAGAUUUUCUCAACCAGCAAAAGAUGCUGUCGACCGUUGGCGAAAAUCUGUACGGAAAGCAGAACAAGUUUCUCGAAUUGAUCAGCUCAGCGGCAGAUAUGAAGCUGAAUCCUUUGGCGGCAGCGGCUGCUGCAGCCGCCGCAGCCGCCAGCAACAAGGGCGGCGUGCCGGCUGGAUUGGAUAUUGCUGCCGGUGGGGACUUCCAUCUGAAGAAGUACAACCCGGUCGAUCUGUAUCAGCAGCUUCUGGCAAACAACUUCCGACCAGAGGCGAUGGAUGUGAGCGAGGAGUUGAAGAAUGACCAUCAAAUUAGUGUCAAGAAGCUGGAGGCUGAGCCUUCAGUUGCGUUCCGGAACAGCAACUUCAGUCCGAACAUUUCAACCAGAAAUUCAUGCAAGACGCUCAAGUGUCCACAGUGCAACUGGCACUACAAGUACCAGGAAACGCUCGAGAUUCACAUGCGUGAAAAACACCCGGACGGUGAAACGGCCUGCAGCUAUUGUCUUGCCGGACAGGCGCAUCCACGGUUGGCCCGCGGUGAAUCGUACACCUGCGGCUAUAAGCCGUACCGUUGCGAUAUCUGCAACUACUCGACCACCACCAAGGGUAACCUAUCGAUCCACAUGCAGAGCGAUAAACAUCUGAACAACAUGCAGGACCUGAACGGUAUGAUGAACAAGGGCAAUCAGAGCUUCCUCAACCUGGCGACGCUGCAGGCCAACGACCCGAAGGUGGUGGGCAACUCGCGGAACCAGUAUAUGGCGGCGGCGGCGGCCGCCGCUAGUGCCGCGGCCCCCCAUUCAUCGAUGGCUUCCAAGUUCGGCGGUGGCGGUGGCCAGGCGAAGGGGGAUGGUGGCUCUGGUAGUUACGAGUCCAGCGGGCGGCCAAAGUCCUUCUUCAAGUGUGACAUCUGCAACUAUGACACAAAUAUUGCGCGCAAUCUGCGCAUUCACAUGACAAGUGAAAAACAUAUCAGCAACUUGAAUUCGUUCCAGUCCAGCUUCAACCAGCUGAAGAGUUUGCAGAAUCUAUCGCAGUCGGAAAAUCUCGACUAUCUGAGUGCGAUCAAUCUGAACUCACUAAAGGAGGACUCCCCAAUGGCGCGCGUGGACGAGUACACAGCUGCGGCAGCCGCCGCCGCAGUCGCCGCAGCUACUGGCAGUAGCGUUGGCGGAGCCGGCAGCACUGGUAACGCCCUCAAGCCGCUGUCGAUGCCGUCGUCACCUUUUAGUAGCAAUGUCACCGCACUGGAGACCGCCACCGCCGAGGCACUGUUCCUAAACCAAUCGUCACCGUUCGUUGGCAGCGGACUCGGAGAAACAGGCACAGAGCGCGACUAUCAACAGCAGCUGGACGAGGACAAAAAUCCGCUCCAUUUCGACCCACCUAUCCGGCUAUCGCUCGAUCCGACGACUUACUACAGUUGUUUGAUUUGUUGCGACUUCGAGACGAACAAUUUGGAGGAACUGAAAAAGCACGUCUUCAAGGACCGAUCGAACAACGCGAUGGACACGAUCCUGUUUACGGGCAACGCUCAGGAAUGCUUACUGUGUACCCAGAAGACAAACGAUCGCACCGAAAUGGAACGGCACCUGAAGACGGAUACGCACCAAAAACGGCUUGAUCUGACCAUCCACCUGCUCGAAGGGCGCGAGCGGUGUGUCGCAAAACUGCGUGCAUUCGUCGGCAAGGAACUGUUCAAGAAGCUUCAGCUCAUUUUUCCGCUGGCGGAGGAAUCGAAAUUUACCUACGAUGAGAUGCCUAGCGUCAGUGAAAUUUCGCGUUCUCCGUUGAUGCUGCUGUUGGAGCCGAAAACUGAGCUGAUCGAGCGUGAUUUCUCCAACACCAACGGUAUCGACUCCGAUUCAACAUCUUCUUCGUCGUGUCCGGAUAACGUGCAAAUCAAGUGCAACUGUUGCAACUUUUACACUACAUCUUUGGAAAAGAUUGGACUGCACAGCCUAUCGGAGAAACAUAUAUUUAGACGUAUUUGUUUCGACUAUCUUCUGCUGAUUGCCAGCGAAAAGACGCUGGAUGUUCCAGCGGCUAUGACCGAAAAUGAAGGAAAGUUGCAACAUCAGCAACAGUCGCUGAUGAAGGCACAACAACAGAUGCUGACAUGCGUACCGUGUGGUUUCAAAACCGAUCAUGUGUACUACAUGAUACAUCAUCUGAAAAAGAACUGCAAAGUGGAACACAACAUUAAUCUGCUCGGGCUGCGUAACAUUUUCAAACUGACGGGCAAAGGCUCCGACACCCAAGAUGCAAUGGAGGCGGCCGACAACGGGUUGUGUAGUAUUUUGCAGGAGAAAAAAAUGUGGAACGGCGAAAGCGCCGGCAACAACAAGCUUCCCAGCUGCAAGGAUCGGUGUUUGGUCUGCAGCGUGUGUAAUAAAUUUUCGUCGAAGAAAAUGAACAUCAUGCAGCACCUGCUGGCGAACCACAACGUCGGCAACGAGUUGCUGGGCUGUGCUGAGUUUUCACAAGGCGCGCCUUCAUCCCAGAAGAAACCGUUCGACUAUCUGCGCACGUUAAUGGAGGCCCGCUGCUCCCAGAACUUGCGCUUGAUAGAGAAGGUUACAUUCAUGAGCGAUUCUUUCGCUCUGAAGGAGAACUGCAACGAUCUGAAGCACGGCAAUCUAGCCGAAAUGAUGGAGCAGUACGCGGCGACAAAACAGGAGUGCACAAGUAGCGACAACGGGAAGCCGACUGACUCGCUGGAGCAGUCGGCGGUGGCAGUGCUCGCCUCACAGCGCCAGCAGCAGCCUUCCGCUCUGUCGUGUCCCCUCUGCUCGGAAACCUUCCUCGAUCAGGUUAACGUUGAGACGCAUGUGUUGCGCGUGCACAGUAUCAAGAUGGAUGGGCUCAAUCGAUUGCUGAAACUGGUUGAUACCUCGCAGUUUUUGAAAACAACACAUCCUAAUUCCUCUAAACCAUUCAGCAACAUCAGCAGUCCGAUUGAGAAGCAUCCAUCGCUCUCCUCGUCGCCGCAAUCGCCAGUUGGUUCGACCUGCGGCGGCAAAGAGAGAUCGAUUUCACCGGGAAUGCUCAACAUCCGGUGCGCCUACUGCAAGGCAUCGUUCGAGACGAUGGUCGACCUAAAGAUUCACUGCAACGAAAGCAAUCACUUUAAGCGCAGCGCGGACUCGGACGAGCUCAUGUGCUUCCUACACGACUGCAAGGACGCGUUCGACAAUCAGUCCGACCUGAAUCAGCACUUCAAGGCGACCCAUCUGAACUUUCUCAUAUCGGAGCACCACACGUACAAGUACCGAUGCAAGCAGUGCCCGUUCGCGUUCAAGACUCACGAGAAGCUGAGUCGGCACUUGUUCUACCACUCACUGCGGGAGUCGACUAAGUGCUUCUACUGUGAUCAUCAGUUCAAAAACAUCAACUCGCUGACGGCACACAUCACCGAGAAGCACCCGCAGGAGGCGGUUCAGAAGACGUCACCGGGAACCCAUUCACAGGACACUUCCAUACUGUUCUUCAAGGAUUUGAAGCGCAAGAUGCUGAACUGCCAGCAGCAGCAGCAGCAACAACGGAACGGUUUGAGCCCGCGCUCGGACCGUUCGGCUGGUCGGGAUACGCGGGACAGCGUGGACGAUGAUCGGCUGAGUGAGAAGUCGAUCAGCUCGAAGAGCAGUAGCUUCUACUAUGACAAGAGCCUGGACGGUAGCGGUGCGUCGGAGGCGUUGCGCUACACGUGCGGUGACUGUCAGUUCACGUUUACCGAUGCGGUCGCCCUCGAGCGGCACAUGGCCACCGCAUGUCACAUGCCGCGCGAAGACAAGGUAUCGCCGGACACGGUGGCUACCUCGAUGAUAUCAUCGCUGACGAAACAGCAGCACGCCGCUUCUACGUCGCAGUCGGCAGCCUCGUCGCCGUCAAUCUUCUACGAUAUCAAGUCCGAGAAGUUCACCAAUCCCAAUCGUCCGUUCAAAUGCACGAUAUGCAUGGAAAGCUUUACGCAGAAAAAUAUCUUGCUGGUGCAUUACAACAGUGUCUCCCAUCUGAACAAGCUGAAGAAGCUUAAAGCCGAAAAGGGCUUCGCACAAAUGUUUACCGGCGCGCUCAUGAAUGCGGAGAACAUUGGUGGUGGGGGUGGUGUUGGCGAUGGAUGCCUCGAACUGGGCAAAAGUUCUCCCUCGCCAACCGUUCCGUUCAGCGAUAAGGCCGCCACACCCUUCUCGAUGCCAAUGUUUGCGACGGACGGGUGUAUGUCGAGCGGCGGUGAGAAGCGCAAAGAUAUAGCGGAGGAAAAAGAGUCUACCCGCAAAAAGUUCAAGUGCGACAUAUGCAAUGUCGCUUACACACAGGGCAGUACGCUCGAUAUUCACAUGCGUAGUGUUCUGCAUCAGACCCGCGCUUGCCGGUUGCAGGAGCGGAACUUGUUCGCCACCCAACCGAACACGCUGAGCGGGUUGGCCGGGCUUGGUGGGUUACAGCAGCCCCCCGGAUCGCAAUCGUUGCAACUGCAGCAGCAACAGUCGCCGCAAGGCAGCGAGGGCAAGAAGAAGGGCCCUUCCCUCAGUGAGUUUCCGCUCAUCCAACCGAUUCCGGAGGCGCACGAUCAAUCGCCAAAUCUGCUCGACGAAGUUUCGCUGCGGAAACUGAAAUCACCCACCGAACAGCAGGUUCAACAUCCGCAGCAACCGACCCAGCUGCCACCAUUGGGAGCGACAGUGCCCAUGUUCUGCGGCAGCAUCGGUGGCGAGAAACCAGAGUUUGCGAUCUGCGAGUGCUGCUAUCAGGCGUUCCCGGGCAAAAUGAUGUUGGAGGCUCACCUCGAACUAAAUCUGGAGUGCCUGGCGCACAAAAAGAAACUGCUUGAGGCAGCUGUGGGACUACAGGACAGCAGUGUGCCUUUCGGUGAAGGUUCGCUGCAGCAGCAGCAGCAGCAGCAGCAACAGCAGCAAGCGUUAAAUGAUUUGAUGAAGGUGAACGCACUAUCCGGAUUCGAUCUGAGCGCUCCGGAUGGACUGCUCGGCGGUGCGAAAUCCAUGGUGCCUCUCGAUCCGACCGCCAACCUGAUGGAUCCGAACUUUCUCAAGAAUGCGUCUCUACUGCAGUUCGCUGCCUCCGAUCCGAACAGCAAGCUUAAUCCGAAUGCCUUGAACGUGCUCAACUUCAUGCACUUCCACCACCUGAUGUCGCUCAGCUAUUUGAAUCUGGCGCCCCAGCUUAAUUUUGGUGGGGUGCCCCCUAAAGUGGUGGAUGGUGGCAAAGACGGAUGCUCCGGUGUAGGAGGAGGUCCGGGUGAUACUAAGCCUGGCAAGCAUGCACCCCCCUCGGUCGUGAUGCAACAGGUAAGCUUGAACGGCAAACCGCUCGAUAUGAACAUUUUACCGCACGGUCUAGACCCGAAAAUUGUACCGCAGCCACCGCAAGGGCAGCAACCCUGUACGCAGAAGCGCGCCCGAACGCGCAUUACUGACGAACAGCUGCGCAUUCUCCGUUCCCACUUCGACAUCAAUAACUCGCCGAGUGAGGAAAGCAUUCAGGAGAUGUCGAUCAAGGCGAAUCUGCCGCAGAAGGUGGUGAAGCACUGGUUCCGCAACACGCUCUUCAAGGAACGCCAGCGCAACAAGGACAGCCCGUACAACUUCAGCAUUCCGCCAUCGACAAAACUGAACGUCGAGGAGUACGAACGCACCGGUGAGGCAAAGGUGACCGACAUCGAAACGUCGUUCAAGUCUGUGGAAACCUCGCAGGACAACUCAUCAUCGCAGAACUCGAACGACAUGAGCAAAGCGCUCAACGAGGCAAUGAAGCAAAAUCUGUCGAAGUCGCUGCUGGAGUCGCUCAGUAAGCACCAGUCGACCACCGGCCAGGAUCUGGUCGGGGCCGCUUUCCAGCUCAACAAGAGCCUCUUUCCGGACAGCUUCGUAGGCGCCGACUUUGGCAAUCAGGACGCGGUCAACUCGGUGUCGGACUACUUUCAGCGUGCUGCUGCCGAUGCUGUCGCUCUCGGUGCGGCCGUCGGUGCUGUUGUGCCCGGGGGCGGUGGUGUCGUAUUGCCCGGCGUGACCACCAGCGGUAGCGGUGCUAGUAAUGUCAGUAACACUGGUAGUGUCGGAGGUAGCGUUGGAUCUGUCGGUGGUGGUGGCGGUGGUGGUAGCACUGGCAUGGUGGGUGCAGGUGGUACUGGGACGAAAAAGAAAAAAAUCAAAUCGGAAUCGUCAAACGAUAGUCCGACGCCGGCUGAUUUACAGAUAGACUCGUCGAACUCGAACCCGAUGCCUAUGCGGCCACCGAGUGCCAUCUCGCUAAAGAAGCACAUGGCCACCCCGCCGACAUUGACGGGCGGAGGUACUGGUGGCGGCGGCCCGCUCGGUGAGGAGAUGAAAAUUCCGAGCCCGAUCGAAAGUCCUGUUAUAUCGCCGCCUAACUCAAUGUCGUUGCAUACGAUGCCACCGCAAACACAGGCGAUUACGUGCUCGAAUGGUAAGCGGGCAAAUCGCACGCGUUUCACCGACUAUCAGAUCAAGGUGUUGCAAGAAUUUUUCGAAAACAACUCGUAUCCCAAGGAUAGUGACCUGGAAUACUUAAGCAAGCUGCUGAUGCUGUCCCCUAGGGUGAUCGUGGUAUGGUUUCAGAAUGCUCGUCAAAAGCAGCGAAAAAUUUACGAAAAUCAGCCCAACCCAUCGUUCGAGACUGAUGAAAAGAAGGCCAUAAACAUCAACUACACUUGCAAGAAGUGCAACCUCGUGUUCCAACGCUACUAUGAACUGAUACGUCACCAGAAAAACCACUGCUUCAAGGAGGAAAGUAACAAAAGAUCGGCAAAGGCUCAGCUGGCCGCGGCCCAGAUUGCGCACUCGUUCACCAGUGGCAGCGAGGACUCGGACUCCAGCUUGGAUGUCAGUCGGCGCGAGUUCCAGCCCCGGGAGAACGAUUGCCCUUUCUAGGAGCCGUGGAGCGGCUGGAGAUCACCGGCAAGCUUGCAGCACUGAGGCAUUGUGAGAAGCCCACGGGUGGUGGCAGCCAAACAUUGAGCAUGCAGCCGAUGAUACUCGCGGAUCUGCCAGUAGUAAUUGAACAUUGUUCGUAUUUCGUGCUUGCGAAUCUUCCAUCAUUCAUUUAUUAUCUAUAAUUAUGAGAAUUUUUUAUUUCGAUUUCUACAUCGAAGUUUCUCAUUUGUUGCUUUUUUUAUAUACGUAUACAGUUUUUAAAACAUUACUGUACGGUUUCAU